GGGGGGAUUAGGGAUUCGACGAUUCGUUUCGACCCUCCUCUCCCAUAAUUCCUCAUUCCUCGUCGCCUCCUCGGCGCGCCUCUCCGACAUCUCCGUUGUCGGCGCCAACGGAAGACGGGCAGCAGCGAGCCUCCUGCUACCAUCCAUUCCAGGGAUCUGCUAGGUGUGAAGCGCAUGGUCCCAGUAAUUAAAAUACCGCAGGUAGCAAAAUCAUCAAAAAGAUAGCAUGCAAAAUGAACAGAUGGGCGUCAAGAGUGAAAGCAUGUUAUUGCUUUCGACAGGCUUAGGAGGUGGCUAUGGAGGUGAAACAAAUCUAUCAUGAGAAGCAGAGGUUACAAUUUUGUCUGCUGCAUGCGCUAAAUAACCUGCUUCAGGAAAAGGACUCAUUCACUCGAGUUGAGUUGGAUGCCAUUGCUGAUAAACUUGUUCUUGAAGAUCCUAACAGGGGUUCAUGGACUCCUCUAUCAAUAAUUUUUAAGCCCCACCAUAAUGUGUUAACUGGAAACUAUGAUGUGAAUGUACUCAUCACGGCACUGGAGUCUAGAAGGAAAAGAGUAGUUUGGCAUGAUCGUCGAAAUGGAGCUUCUUCGAUCAACCUCUCUGGAGAAUCUUUGAUGGGAAUCAUGCUUAACAUUUCUGUCAGGAAGUUUGCUGGACUUUGGAGGGGUAGGCACUGGGUCGCAUUGCGAAGCAUUGGUGGUGUCUGGUAUAACCUCGACAGUGAUCUUUCUGCACCCAAGCCAUUUCAGCACGAGGAAGAAGUAAAACAGUUCUUGGAUAAUGUAAUCAUUCAGGGCGGAGAAUUGUUGCUUGUGUUGAAUGACAGAGUCUGAGGAAUACUUUAGCAAUUGCAGUUGUUGAGAUCAAACCUAUUAUCAGUUACAUCUUUGAAGUCAUGGCAUUAUUUCAGACGAGAAUGAAAAGAGGCUUUCUGAAAAGAUUGGUCUGUUUGUUGUGCUUAAUCAUCCCUGUUUCGUGUCUGCUGCUUUUAAUUACUUUGGGCCUUCCUGAUAUGGACAAUAGCAUCAAGAGACCUUUUAAGAAUUCAAUACCUUGGAAGAGUUCAGAGGAGGUGAUACUAGGGGAGCUUGGGGAGAUGAUGGUUGCAAUGCUGCCCAAUGAUCUUCCUUUCACCAUUUUUGUCCCAUCAGAAGAAGCAUUUGAACGUGUUCUAAAACUGAGAGCCAGCGAUAGCUUAACUGAACAGAAGAUAAAUGAUACAUAUGCCACCAUCUCUCGCAUAAUGGGUUUUUCUGCAGUUCCUCAACAUCUGCCUUCUGGAGCAGUCCCUUUGCACAAAGAAAAAUCUUUUGAUUCUAUAUCUGGAUUUAGAUUAUAUGCUUGGAAGGAUGUUAAAGGAAAUCUGGUUGUUAAUGGUGU